AUGGUGCAAUCGAGGGAUGCGCCCCGAGCGCUCGCUGUCGGAACCUAUCAACAGCUGCCGAAUGGAGACGGCAACGAUUAUGACACCGGUAUCCACAAGCUUCCCGGCCCCACACCACUGCUGCAGAUGGAUGCUGACAGAUGUACGAAGAUCGUGAUCUUCCCGCGCAGCCGGCAUUUCGGCGGCACGGUGGAUCCCGAUCAAAUGGUCGAGGAGCCUCUGAAGAAGGCCCGUCGAAUCUUCCUCAAUCCGGACAACCCCCUGAGUCACAAUGCCCUGGAACGGCUGAAGUAUGUCGGUGAGGAGCCCAUUUCCAUGGAGCUCUACCAGCAAGACAUCCGGGCCCGGUUCCUAGAGAUCCUCGAAGCGAGCGGCAUCGAGGCCAGCCAGUUCCCCAGCAUCGACGAAGAUGAGGACUUCGUGAAGGUGUACUUGCCCUUGAAGGGAGAGGCCAUCGAGCAUCUAGCCGAGAGCCUCAAGUUCCAGAUGCCCUUCAAGAAGGAGGCUUACGAGUCUGUAGAGGAGCACGGCCCCCACCUCGGCCGGAAGCCUCUGGCAAACGCCGACGGACGCGUGGUCGUGGCGCACGCCCCUUACGACCGGCGGAGCAAGCACCUCUUCGAGGACUUCACCCAGAUGGAUGCCAUCCGGAUUCUGCGGCAUUGGUUCAACCUUUGGGUUCAGAUGGACGAGAUGGAGAGCCAGGGGAUCAUCAAGUGCACCUUUCCAUGCCCGGUAGCCUCACAGAUCCGAGAGCUGCACGACACAGGGCUGCACAUCAGGAACUGGUUCAACCCGUUCUUCUCGAAUCUGAUACAUCCUCUUAGAGCUUACUUUGGGGAAGAGAUCACCUUCUACUUCAAGUAUGCGGCCUACCUGAUCUACUCCUUCUUGCCGCUGUCUGGUCUCGGGCUGGUCUUCUUUCUUAUCAGGGGAUUCAUGCCUCCAAGCAGCAUCGAUUCUGUCAAGACUGCCCUGGCAUGCCUCAUAUCCAUCUGGGCUGCUUGCAUCUCGCAAAUGUUCUCCCGGCAUGCUUCACGGGUGCAGCAGCUUUGGAAUGUGAAGGAGAAAUCCAAGUACGUGCAGAACAAUCCCAAUUGGGAUGAGAAAGGGGCACGGGAAAUCUGCACCAUCGUGGUCAACUUGGCCACCAUUGCCUAUAUGUGCCUCUACAUCGGGGUGGUUGCUGCAAUUCUGUUGAGGCAGUACAGUGCACCCGAGGACUCGACUUUCGCAAAGUUCUCGUCUCUGAUCCUCAGCUUGGUCAUGAAGGUGGGCAACAUUCUCUGGACCUUUCUGGCCCCAAUGCUGGUGAAGCUGGAGAACCACCGGACGCAAAGCGAGAUGGAGGACAAGCUGGCUGUCAUGCUGGCGGCGGUGAAGCUUUUUGUGGGCAACUUCCCCUUCUUCUCUCAGUGCUUCUUGACAAACUGGCUGGAGCAGACCUGUGCACCCAACUUCCCAAGGGCGGCCAAGAUGGUGUGGCCAGACUACAACCACAGCGCGGCGGACGACCACACACGGCAGGUCCUCAGAACCUUCGCGUUCUUCCGAUACAAGAAGGGCGAACGGAUGGUCUGCUUCAAAGGCUGCUAUCCCUCUAGCUGGGCAGACGCUGAAGCUUACACGCCAACGAACUGCGAUGUCAAUGUGCGCUCAAACCUGCUGACGUUUUUCUUGCUCAAUUUUGGCCUGGAGCUGGUCUUUUUGGUGGUGCCCCUGCUGCUGUCUUUCUGGGAGGUUCGGAAGGAGUACUGGAAGGUGCAGCUUCGCCACCAGCAAGCUGCUUCCGAUGAUUCCUCCUCCGAAGAGGAGAUGGCACCAUACUCCUUCUUGCAGUGGGAGGCCAAGAAGUUCAAGUAUGAGUUCAACUCCUGGGGCGGUGACAGGAUCAACGAUUUCCUGGAUCUCGCCAUCAGCUACUCUGUGGUGGCCUGCUGGGGCUCAAUCUGCCCGCUAUUGUUCUUCAUGGCGAUCGUUUUCGUGAGCUUCUCCCUGCGGCUUCGCCUCUACAGGAUGCUCUACGUCACCCGCCGGCCUUCGCCCCGGGCGAGCGCGGGCUUGGGGGUGUGGAGGAACAUCUUCAAUGCCAUCAACGUGUUCGCCGUUGGGGCCAAUGUUGGGCUUUUCACGGUGUUCUUCUACCCCAUGUGCACAUAUUCCUUCGGCACGCAGCUGAUCUGCUUCAUCAUCGCCGAGCACGCGGUGCUCCUCCUGCAGGCCGGGAUCCAAUUCGUGAUUCCAGCGAGGCCGGCGGACGUGGUCUCCAUCGAGUACUACAACAAGCACGUGAAGUGCUGCCAUCAGCUCACCGAGGUGGGUCCGAACGCGCGGACGUCUCUGAACCACAUCGCUCUCCCCCUGGUCCCAGAGGGAGCCCAGACGACUUCAUCGGGAAGUGACAACGAGUGUACAGACCUUGCUCCACCUGGAUGCGAGAUGCGAGAAGACUUAGCAUGUGACGCCCUUUUGGUCGACUCUUUCGGGAUGCCUUUGCGUGAGACUCCGUCGCCGGUGCAGUUCUACUGCUUGCACUCGGCCUGGAGCUCCGGAUCCGAAAGUCUCCCAUCCUCUACCCACAUAGCUGCUAAGGUCCAGUGGGUGGGGGAAUCCCACGGUGGUGAGGCAGCGGUCUGCUCCUCCCCCGAGACCUUCGAGGACCUCGCUGACCUGCUUGGAGUGCAGCCUGUUCUCUUGGAGGUGGCACUCAGCACCAAGAAGCGGAAGAUGCCGCGGGGCUCCAUCGUGUCCUCGCCGCUCACGCCUAACCAGGCGGCGGAGCUGACCCAGUCCAUCGCCCGGUCCUUGUACGAGGCACUCUUCCUGUGGGCCGUGCGUCUGAUCAACACCCGCAGCCGCGGAG